AAAAUUAAAAAAUUCUUCCCCCCUAUAUUAGCAGAAUUUAAUUACAGCACCUUUCAUUAUGGUCCUUGGGAAAAGCAUGAUUAUGGAUGAAAAUUCUACCCAAAAUAACCCGAAUAACCAAAGUAGCAACAGAGACAGAAGAAUGGCUACAGGGGAGCAGCUAGUAUUGGAGCUUACCAUUCCCGAGCACAGGGAAAAUGCUCUCCUCGAUCUCUCCAAGAAACGUGAGCUGUUUCAAGACCUUGCUCCAAUGCUUUGGCAUUCUUUUGGUACUAUUGCAGCUUUAUUGCAGGAAAUUGUAUCUAUUUACCCGAUGUUGUCACCGCCUACUCUAACAGCAGGUGCAUCAAAUCGUGUUUGCAAUGCAUUAGCUCUUCUUCAGUGUGUAGCAUCUCAUCCUGACACUAGAGGUCUUUUCCUCAAUGCUCAUAUACCUCUAUAUCUAUAUCCUUUCCUGAACACCGUCAGCAAGUCACGGCCAUUUGAGUACUUACGUCUCACCAGUCUUGGUGUGAUUGGCGCACUUGUGAAGGUGGAUGACACCGAUGUUAUCAAUUUUCUACUUUCUACGGAGAUAAUUCCACUAUGUUUGCGGACAAUGGAGAUGGGAAGUGAACUCUCAAAGACAGUGGCAACUUUUAUUGUCCAGAAGAUACUCUUGGAUGAUGUUGGGCUAGCUUAUAUUUGUGCAACUGCAGAGCGCUUCUAUGCAGUAGGCGCUGUGUUGGGAAAUAUGGUUUCAUCACUUGCAGAACAGCCAUCUGUGCGAUUGCUCAAACACAUAAUUCGCUGUUAUCUUCGGCUUUCUGAAAAUCCAAGGGCAUGUGAAGCAUUAAAGAAUUGUCUUCCUGAUAUCCUGCGUGAUGCGACAUUUAGCAGUUGUCUACGGGAGGAUCCAACAACUAGAAGAUGGCUGACACAACUCAUUAUUAAUGUUAGCAAUGGAGGCGCAUCACCACGUGUAACAUCCCUGCAAGGUGGCCCUCUCUCUGGAGUGGAACGUUUAAUGUCUUGAUAGAUCAAAGCUUGUAACAAGACCUAUUUUGCAGUGUUAGAAAGCAUAUUUGACUGAGUAGCCAGUUGGGAUUAUCUGCAGUUUUAUGAGAUGUAUCAGAAGCUUUUGUACAUGAAGAGAAAGAAUAGAUCUGGUUGAGGAUAUGUGGAUUCUAAUGUGCUUUGGAAUUUAUGUUCCUUCAAAUAAGGAACUAUAUUUAAUUUCAUUUGGAUUUAUAUUCCUCCAAAUGGGAGGGAUGGUAUUCCUUGAAGUUGAGAAAUGCCUCGUUUGUAACUAUUCAUUAAGGUUGAAUAAGUGAUUGGCAAUUCCUAAAUAUUUAUAUAUACUUGUAAAAAUGGAGUUGUCGAAAGUGAGAUAGGGCAAUUGGAUUGCAACACUUCAUUUUUUGAAAAACAACAGAAGGUGCUAAAUGUGUUCAGAAAUUUAGUCCUGAAGUGUAUGCUCUUCCAUGGAAUGUAUUAGUUAUCUUGCAUACUAUAUGUACUCACUCUCUUAUCAUCUUUCUGAGUUUUUAAGUGCAGAUGCAAAUAUAAUAACAUAGAACACAUUUUAUUU